CAAUCAUGUUCAAACCUCAACUCCACCACCACCACUCAAACUCCACCCAAUCCUUACUCACACGGCGGCACAAGGUGUUCGCCGUCGCCGGGGAUGGCAGCACUUGUGGUGGUGGUGUUGAUAAAGGCAGCUCCACCCCAUUCCUUUCUCUCAACAAGCUUCCUUUACCUAUCAAACGCUGCAGGAGCUUCCAUGCAGCUUCACGGUCACCGCCACCUGUACCAGCCAUGGCCGCCGACCAAACGUCAAGCAGCACCAAAGUGAAAGCCGUUAUCGUAGUCCAGGUAACCAUGGGUGGCGUCAUCUCCAGCCUAGAUUUUACGAAAGGACUUGACGAUAUAACAGAUUUGCUUGGCAAAUCGCUUCUUUUGGAGCUUGUUGCUGCCGAGGUUGACCAUAAGACGGGAUUGAUGAAGGAUACAAUUAGACAUUAUGCACAUCGCUUAAGCUCAGACUUAAAAGACGUAAAAUAUGUGGCGGAAUUUGAGGUACCGAAGGAAUUUGGUGAGAUUGGAGCGGUUUUAAUCGAAAACGAACAUCACAAAGAGAUGUAUUUGGAGACGAUUAAACUUGAUGGCUUUUCCAACGGCCCCAUCACCAUCAAUCCUAGUUCAUGGGUUCAUUCCAAAUUCGAUAACGCUGAGAAACGUAUUUUCUUCACGAACAAGUCGUACCUACCAUCGGAAACUCCGAGUGGGCUGAAGGUUUUCCGAGGGAAAGAUCUAGCAAGCCUUCGAGGCGAUGGUAUCCUUGAUGGUCCUCGCAAAAAGCAUGAUAGAAUUUACGACUAUGAUGUGUAUAAUGAUCUCGGCGAUCCUGACAAGAAGCCGGAGUUGGCUCGUCCGGUGAUUGGGACCAAGGAUUUCCCUUACCCUAGGCGUUGCAAAACCGGCCGCCGCCGCACUAAAUCAGAUCCCUUAUCAGAGUCAAGGAGCAGUAGCUUUUACGUGCCAAGGGAUGAAGCCUUUUCAGAGUUGAAAAACUUGACAUUUUCGGCUAAGACUGUAUACUCGGUGAUGCAUGCAGUCGUGCCUUCCUUACAAACAUCCAUUAUUGACAAAGAACUUGGAUUUCCUCAUUUCACAUCCAUCGAUUCUCUGUUCAACGAAGGCGUUCAUUUGCCUCCAUUACAAUCCAAGGGGUUUCUUGGAGAUGCUCUACCUCGACUUCUGAAACUCGUUGGAGAUACCCAAAAUAACAUCUUACGCUUCGAGACCCCUGAAAGAAUUCACAGAGAUAAGUUUUUCUGGAUCAAGGAUGAAGAAUUUUGUCGACAAACCCUUGCUGGUCUAAACCCAUGUGGCAUUCACUUGGUCAAAGAAUGGCCUCUAAAAAGUAAACUUGACCCUGAGGUGUAUGGGCCACCGGAAUCAGCGAUUACAAAAGAGAUAGUUGAGCAUGUGAUCGGAGGCUUCAUCCCUCUUGAGCAGGCUUUAGAAAGAAAGAAGCUUUUCAUUAUAGAUUACCAUGAUAUACUCCUGCCAUAUGUGAACAAAGUUAGAGAGAUCAAAGAUAUGAAAACCACUUUGUACGGCUCACGAUUAUUGAUGUUCUUAACUCCAACCGGAACCUUGAGGCCGGUAGCCAUUGAGUUAGUUCGUCCACCUGGCAACGGGAAACCUCAAUGGAAGCAAGCAUUCACCCCCUCUUGGGAUUCGACUGCAGCUUGGCUCUGGAAGCUUGCUAAGGUGCAUUUUCUUGCUCAUGACACUGGUAUCCACCAGCUUGUAAGUCACUGGCUGAGAACUCACUGCUGCACCGAGCCAUACAUAAUUGCAUGUAACCGCCAGCUUAGUGCGAUGCAUCCCAUCUAUAGACUUUUGCACCCUCAUUUUCGGUACACGAUGGAGAUCAACGCUUUAGCUAGGGAGUCCCUCAUCAAUUGUGGGGGAAUCAUCGAGUCAUGCUUUUCGCCCGGGAAGUAUAGCAUAGAGCUGAGUUCAAUCGCAUAUGGUCAACUGUGGCGUUUUGAUCAAGAAGGGCUGCCAGCGGACCUAAUUAGCAGGGGUAUGGCUGAGGAAGAUCCGAACUCUCCGCAUGGUCUGAAGCUAGCCAUCGAAGAUUAUCCAUAUGCAAAUGACGGUUUGGUCCUUUGGGAUGCGAUUAAAGGUUGGGUUACUGAUUAUGUCGACCAUUACUACCCUAACGCCGAUCUGGUAGCAUCUGAUGAAGAACUUCAAGCAUGGUGGACCGAGAUCCGCACGCUGGGUCACCAAGACAAAAAAGACGAACCAUGGUGGCCUCUUCUCACAACUCCACAAGACCUUAUCGGUACCCUUGCAACAAUGAUAUGGGUGACUUCCGGUCACCAUGCGGCUGUUAACUUCGGCCAGUAUGACUAUGGAGGUUACGUUCCUGGCCGAUCCACCAUCGCUCGAAUCAAAAUGCCAUGUGAAGACCCAACAGAAGAAAGAUGGGAGAGUUUUCGGCACAGGCCUGAAGACGAACUAUUGGCUACGUUUCCUUCUCAACUUCAGGCGUCACAGGUGAUGUCGGUUUUGGAUGUGUUAUCGAAUCAUUCACCGGAUGAGGAAUAUAUCGGGGAGAAAAUGGAGCCAUCGUUCGAGCUGAAUCCGAAGAUAAAGGCAGCUUAUGAAAGAUUUGCAGGAAAGUUGAAAGAGUUGGAGGGAAUUAUUGAUGAUAGGAAUGCAAAUACGAAUCUGAAGAACAGAAAUGGAGUUGGGAUUCCUCCAUACCAACUUCUAAAGCCUUUCUCAAAACCUGGGGUGACUGGCAUGGGAGUCCCUAACAGCAUUUCUAUCUAAGCUCAAUGGAUCAUAUAUCUUGAAUAAAUUCACACUGUAUGGACCCUUUUGUUCAAAUAUAUUUUGAAGGAUCUUUUAGGGGC